AUGCCCCCCAGCAGCAACAGCAGCAGCAACAGCAACAGCAGCAGCAGCAGCAGCAGCGGCAACAGCAGCAGCAGCAGCAGCAGCAGCAGCAGUUUUUGUUUGGUGUCUGUGGGUCACCUUCAGUCCUUCAGCAGCUCGCGGAGGCCCCGAGAAGUCAGCGAAGCCACGCGCUACAACCAGGCCUUUCUCAAGCAGCAGCAGCAGCAGCAGCAGCAGCAGCAGCAGCAGCAGCAGCAGCAACUGCAGCAGCAGCAGCAGCAGCAACUGCAGCAACCGGAUGGGUACCAAGGAGAAGAUUCGGCGGUGGCGAUUUGUGGAGCGGCUAAUUUGCAACAGCAGCAGCAGCAGCAGCAACAGCAGCAGCAGCAGCAACAGCAGCAGCAGCAGCAGCAGCAGCAGCAACUGCAGCAAGAGCAGCAGCAGCAUGUUGCAGGCCCCUUCUACCAACACCGAGUCCUUGAGACUGGCGAGGCCUUCACGUGCCCUCAUGAGCUCGCCGCGCUGCUGCUGCUGCUGCUAGACAGAGAAGAGAACCUGACGCAGCAGAUGGAUGCUGCUGCUUAUCGUUUGCUGCUGCAGCAGCACUUAGCUGCAGCAUGGCUUUCUCUUGACUCCUAA